GGGACACAGCGCUGAGAGAGGGAGGAGGGGACGUGGCCACAGCGGGCGACUCCUCCGAGGCUUCCUGCCUGGCAGGAACCAGAGGCGCCGGCCCCGCUCCGCGCCCUCAGCCUCCCGCCGCCUCUACAAUCCCCGCUGUUCCUCGGCGUCCAUCCCUCGGCUCCCGCGCAGCUCUCGCGCCUCUAGCCCGGGCCCUCGGCCGCAAACUUCAGCGGGGCCCCUGGGAGCCUCAGAGAGCACCGAGGGGGUCGGGGCGCGGGCGGGGGGCGCGCCCAGCCCGGGCCCGAGGGGCGUGCGCCUGAGCCUGGCCCCGUUGCUCACGCCGCCGGGCCACCCGGAGCUGGGGCCGCGGUGGCGGCGGAGUGGCGCUGCCCGGCCGGGGAGACAUGAGCGGCCAGCCCUGCCCCGUAGGGAAGGAGGACGGCCGCUCGCCGCUCCGCCCGUGAUGGGCUCCUGCGUCUCCCGAGAACUGUUCACAAGUGCCCACAAAGACUGCCCUCUGCCCAGGGACAUAGAUUGCCCAGCCCCGGACCUCUCCUCCGGCUGCCUUCCUGCUGCUGCUCCGGACUAUGUCACCAGUAAGGAAAAGCAAAUGGAUUUCUGUUGGGAUCCCUGGCAGAAAUGCUUCCGGACACCCAGUGGCUUCCUAUCCGAGACCAAGACCUGCUCCAGUAACUACAAUGUGGCCGCCCUAGCCACCUCCUCCCUAGUGGGUGUGGUGCAGAGCAUCAAGGACCACAUCACAAAACCCACAGCCAUGGCGCGGGGCCGGGUAGCCCACCUGAUCGAGUGGAAAGGCUGGAGCGCCCAGCAGUCGGGCUGGGACCCAUCGCCAGGAGAGGAGGAACAUUACAGCUACCUGCCUGAUGAGCUUCGGGAGGCCCGAUUUGCUGCAGGUGUUGCUGAGCAGUUUGCCAUUACCGAGGCCACACUGAGUGCCUGGUCCUCAAUAGAAGAUGAAGAGAUGUGCCAUGGAGAGAGUCCCCAGGAUGUCAUCCCCCUACAGGACUUCGGGAGCCUCUACCUGCAGGACAACCUCCGCAAUGGGCCUUUGCUGGACGGCAGCCUCCAGGCCUUCUCCUCCUCCCUCUCCUCCUCUCUCCCGGCCCCUGGUCCGCCCACCGAGAGCUGGGACUCCCCGGAGGAGGCGUCCGCCGCGGGCCCGUGGCCUCCCAGCCCCGACAAGCAGCGGCUGCUGCUGGGAGGAGGCCCCGAAGCCCAGGCGGAGUCCCGGUCCCAGGUGCACGGCUCCCUCCGCUAUGUGGACAGCAGCUCCCUCUCAGAGGACGAGGUCUUCUAUAACUGAGGCGGGGUCCUGGGCUGGCACUGGGGCGGCCUGGAGAAAGACGCCGGGGGAGGAGGGAGGAGCGGCGGGCCCUCCUUUCUUCACUGAUCCCAUUGACUCCCUGAUCCGAUGCUCAUACCACGCCAAGGGGUGCGCUGGGGCGCUUGCCCCUACCGGCUGUGUCUCGGGGCCACGGGCAUCAGACUUCCCAAGGUCUCCAGCGGAGGCUGCUCCCCUAUAGUGGACGGAUUCAUGCCUCUCUUUGAUCUUGAGAUGGGCUAGUCAGGCACCAGGUAGGCAUGGGGCCGUGGAGUCAUCGAGACCCCUUAGGAAACCAAUCGGUGCCUCAGUUUACCCCUUGUUCAAUGGGAGCCAUAUCCCCCCAGCCCUUUCCUUUUCCUUUCUGUCUGGGAGGUAAGGUUGGGCAGAAGCAGACUGGGGGUCUUCUAUGUGCCCCUCCUUCCCACAGCCUCUCUUGCCCUUCCUCAGGACGCAGCAGAAUACUGAGCUCUGUGACAUCAAGAAUUAGCUCUGAGGAGUCCCCUCUGCCGUCCUCUCAGUGGUGGCAGGGAGGGCCCUGGAGGUAGCAAGGGAACCCCUGGGUUCCCUCCUCAGUCUCCCCCCACAUCUCACACUUCUACUUGGGGGUAAGCUCUCUCUUCCCCCUUACUCCCUCUGCUUCUUCCCUCAGCCCUCCUACAAGGUGGUGACUCCCUCCCCUGGCAGCUAAAGCCCCCCUUCUUGUCACUGUGACCGUCUGAACAUCCUCACACUGUAGCACUUCUUGGACACUCUAGGGAUUGGCUCCCAAAUUACUGGAGAUCCUUCCCAACAGAGGCCCCUUGGUGGACAGUCUUCCUCUCUCUUCACGCUAUCCAUUCAUUACUUUCCCCUACCAUGUUCUCUGAAGACAUUAAAGUGGUGGAUUUGUCCAGUAGCUAACCAGAUUGAUGGCUUGGGGGUGAGGGGUGGAUGAUAAUUCUUGGGUCUCCAGCUCCAUCAGAACCUCCAUUUCUAUUGUACAGAAAUCUAGUGGGGAAGGGGGGGCAGCUUUAUGGCAAAGUGGCAGUCCUGAAGUCAGGAGGACCUGAAUUCAAAUCUAACCUCAG